AUGUUAUCUGUACUGACUCUUCCAGGAAUAAAGCUCGCUUGGGCUGGGCCAAUCAGCUUUGCUAUCACUCUUUUCAGUCGAUUCACCAUAACUUUGGUGAUAGUCUUGAACAGGACGUUACACAGACUUAUCGGUCAAAACUGGGUAAUCUUUUCCGGUUUAGAGACCUUACCAAUAAGCACUAGGAGAGCAUCAUUUGUAUCCUGCGGAAGUAUGCCUGAUUCAAAGAACUCCAACACAAAACGAACCACCGAUUCUUUCACCACAUCCAGCAACUCUGGAUUUGAAACCCAUCAGGUCCCGGUGCCUUGUACCUCCCCAUCUUUCGUAUUGCUUCCUCCACCACCAUUGGCACAAACGGCUUAUCAAGAUUUACCUGCUCCUCUCGUGUAA